CAGGUUCAACUGGUUUUAUAUCCUUCAGUGGUAUAGAAUCUGCUCUCUCCUCUUUGAAAAACUUCCAGUCCUGUAUCAGCUCUGGAAUGGACACAGCUUCUGGUGUUGCCUUGGAUCUCGUGGAAACUCAGAUGUUUUUGUUUGAGAAUUUAAACUCGAAUUCAGCCUCUGUGGAUAGGGGUGAGAGCAUUUGUUUAGCCUCUCCUUCAGUCUGGUGAACAUCUGGUGCACACCUACUCAUCUUUCAAGAUACAGUACAAAUUUAUCCCCUCACCGGUUAAACCUUUCCUACCUUCUGUGGGCAGGAGUAGCUGCUCCUUGCUUGAACGCAUUUUUUCCCUCUGCCUGGCAUAUACUGAAGUGAGUAGUGAAUACAGUAUGGACAAGGCAAUGGUUGAAUUGGCCAUGAUGGAUCGGGAACUAAGCCAUUAUGUAAAGGCUGUUCAAUCUGCAAUAAGUCAUGUAAAAGAAGAACGUCCAGAAAAAAUACCAGAUCUAAAAUUAUUAGUGGAGAAGAAAUUUUUGGCUUUACAGAAUAAGAAUUGUGAUGCAGACUUUCAAAAUAAUGCAAAAUUUGUACAGUUUAAACAACAGCUGAAAGAACUAAAGAAGCAAUCAGCGAAACCUAAAGAAGAUGGAGGACACAAUGAGGUCGACAAGAUUAAGGAUAAGGAUGCAAGUAGAGCAGGCAAUGGACGAGAUGGUCUUCAAGCCGAUAGAGAGGCUGACGGAACAGAAGGAGUUGAUGAAGAUAUGAUUGUGACCCAAAGUCAGACCAACUUCAUCUGCCCCAUUACACAGGUGGAAAUGAAGAAGCCGGUGAAAAAUAAAGUGUGUGGCCACACCUAUGAGGAGGAAGCCAUUGUGCGCAUGAUUGAGUCCAAGCACAAGCGGAAGAAAAAGGCCUGUUGCCCCAAAAUUGGCUGUAGCCACACGGAUGUGAGAAUGUCUGAUCUCAUCCAGGAUGAAGCACUCAGAAGGGCCAUUGAGAGCCACAACAAGAAGAAAAAUCGUCCACCCGAGUAGGAAAAGCACACCUCCCUGCAGGGAUGUCCGCAGCCUACCUCCUACCCCAGCCCCCUGGAGACAGCAGUGUUUCUCAGAGCACCUCGACUGGCUGCAUAGCGUACUUUGUUGGGGUAAAACUUGAAGGUUUUAAGUGUAAUUGGAAGCCUUUUUCUAUGUCACAACAAAAAUCCAAGCAUAUGAUAUUGUUUAUUUUUGAGUGUUCUAUAAUUUUAAAUAAAACUUUGAUUAUCUG